ACUAUCCACACUUUACAGAUAGUAAUGUGAACAUAGCCUACUUUCAAUUGUUCAAUAUUUAUUAAAUAUUAAGGCGGAUCGCAUCUUAAGCAAGCAUAAAUGGCAUCACCAAAAACUCCUAUUAGCCCAACUAGCCCUCGUAAGGCAAAGAAAGACAACAGUUUCUUGGAAUAUAUCACUCUUGGACGAAAGAAGAAGAACAAGGAAGCUGAUGAUCUAGACAAAGAGAUGAGGGAUCAUAUAGAAGAAAUAGAAUCGGGUGUUCGAUGUUAUGUUCCAGAUCUGAAUGAGUUAGAGGAAGGAGAAGAGCGGUUAGUUGUUGAGAAAGGACAACAAAGUCCCUCUGUUCAAGAGUUAAUCAAAGUUCUUAUUGAUUGGAUAAACGACGAAUUAGUCUCCUAUCGAAUAAUCGUUAGAAAUUUACAAGAGGAUUUGUACGACGGCCAAGUUUUACAAAAACUUGUUGAGAAACUCGGUAACAUACGUUUAGAAUUUCCCGAGGUUUUACAAUCGGAAACGGGGCAAAAACAAAAGUUAAGAAUUGUUUUGGAGGAAUGCAAUAGAAUAUUAGGCAUGGAUCAGCAUUACGAAAGUCCUCUGUGGACAGUAGAAAAAAUUCAUGGUCGAGAUAUUAUAGCAAUCCUUCACCUUCUGACGGCACUAGUUAGACAUUAUAGGCCACCCAUAAAGCUACCGGAAAACGUCAGAAUUGAAGGACAUCUCUAUAAGAAAGUGAAUGGAGAAUUACGAAGAGACAUAAAUCCAAUAGCCGAACAACUUACUAUGGAAAAAGAAGACACAACAGCCCAUUACGAAAGAGACGCUUUUGAUACUCUAUUUGAUCACGCUCCUGAAAAAUUGGAAGUUGUUAAAAAAUCACUUAUCGUCUUCGUUAAUAAACACAUGACCAAAGUUAACAUACCAGUGCAGAGUAUUGAAGAAGAUUUUCAUGAUGGAGUGGUACUUGUCAUGCUAAUGGGACUUUUAGGAGGCUAUUUUGUUCCUUUGCAUAAUUUCUUUCUAACUCCUCAGACUUAUGAGGAAAAGGUUGCAAAUGUUACACUGGCUUAUAAAUUGAUGGUAGAUGCUGGUUUGCACAAGCCUAACACUCGACCGGAAGACAUUGUGAAAAAGGAUAUGAAAUCAACAAUGAGAGUUCUAUUCAGUCUCAUCAACAGAUUUAAAAGUGUUAGUUAA